AUGGUCGUACCCCCCGUCGCAGUGGAGCGGGAGAAGGAGUUUAUCGAGCGGCUGUUGAGGAAGGUGAAAGAGGAAGAUGUCGAGGCUAGGGAGCGAGCAAGGAUGCAGGACGAGCGGGUAGUGGCUCAGCGGGAAAGCAUGCGGGUGAAGACGGGAGGCUGCGAGGCGGUGUCUACGUGA